AUGACGCUAUAUUAUUGUGUCUUAUUAGAACUCUUGGCUCUGGCUCCUUCCCAAAUUUUUCUUCUUUCUUCCUGCUUCCCCCUUUCUCUCUCCCCCAAAGCCCUCACUAUGCCUUCCAACGACUUUGUCCGAACAGUCUCCCGCAGCUACCGUGUCCUGGUGAUCGGCGGCUCAUACAGUGGCCUCGCAGCAGCGCUGAGUCUCAUAGAUCUCUCCAAUGCCCGCGUUCCCCGCUUCACCUACAACCCCGAGGCCAAGCCCCCCACGCACCGCAUUCCUAUCCAAAUCACUGUCGUCGAUAAGCGGGAUGGCUACUUCCAUUUGAUCGGAUCACCGAAGGCACUAGCCUGUAAGAAGUUCGCAGCGGAGGCAUGGACUCGAUUCCAGGAUAUCCCGGGUCUGAAGAGUCCCGACCUGAGCUUCAUCCAGGGGAGUGUGAGCUCCGUGGAUUUCCAGAAUAAGGUUGCCCACAUUGUGGAUUCGGAGACGAAGGCCAACCGUACCGAGUCGUACGAUUAUUUAAUUGCCGGUUCGGGAUUGCGUCGCUCAUUCCCCACUGUUCCGCAAUCUUUGAAACGUGAUGAGUUCCUCAAGGAGGCGGAGGAACACAUGACUAGCGUGGCGAAGGCCCGCGAUGGCGUUGUUGUGGUCGGUGGAGGUGCGGUUGGUGUAGAGAUGGCGGCGGAAUUGAAGAUUCUCAACCCUUCACAGAAAGUGACUCUCAUUCAUUCGCGAAACCGCCUGCUAUCGUCAGAGCCACUGCCUGAUGAUUUCGCCGAGCGGUCUCUUUCCAUCUUGAUCGAGACCGGUGUCGAGGUCAUUCUCGGACAGCGUGUUAUCGAGACAACCGCAGUCGAGGACGGUGAUGCGCGAGUCUGGAACUUGACGCUCAGCGACGGCCGAAAGCUCACCACAGGCCAAGUGCUGAACGCCGUCUCGCAGUCUGUGCCGACCUCGACAUACCUGUCCAAGGAAGCAUUGAACGAUGAGGGAUACAUCAAGGUUCAUCCUUCACUUCAAUUCUCCGGUCCUAUUCCCAACCCCCAGAACCACUGGGCUGUCGGGGAUCUUGUUGAGUGGGAAGGUAUCAAGCGCUGUGGUGGUGCCAUGCACAUGGGCCACUACGCUGCUAUGAACAUUCAUGAGCACAUGCUGGAAGAGUGCACAGGCCAAAAGCCGAGCUAUCAGACCCUUUCACCAUUCCCCGCGGUGAUGGGACUGGCGAUUGGUAAGAAGGCUGUGAGUUACACGCCCGACGAGGGAACUCGUGAGGGCGAGGACCUCCAGAAGAGCUUGUUUGGCAAGGAUAUGGGUCAUACUAUCUGCUGGAACUAUAUGCGCCUUGGCGAAGCGAUCAAGGCAUAG